UCAGUUCAGGUUGUGAAAAGUCGCGAAAAACAUCUCUCCGUCGGUCGGUCGGUCGGUCGUUCGUUUGUCGUUUUCUACAAAUCCAGGUGGAAAAUCGCUGCCGUUCUGUUCCGGAUUGUGCAAGUGCGUUUCCAGGUCAUUCCGUUGGCGCUCAAAAGGGUAUAGUGAUAGCCUGUUCCCGGGUCGCCCCCAAGGCAAUGGACCACCAGCACCACCGACAGCACGAUGCCACAACACUAUAAGAGCCAACUGGCGGCCCUCAUCAAGGUUCGCGGCCAGGCCGGCUUCAGCGAGUACGAGGUGUUGAAGAUAUUCUGCGAUGUGUGCGAAUCGCUGGCCAUCCUGCACUGCUGCCAAGCGCCGGUCAUCUACCGGGACGUGAAGGUCGAGAAUGUCGUCCAAAAUGACAUGGGCCGGUUCAUCUUGGCCGAGUCCGGGUCGGCGACGGCUCGGUUUUUGAAUCCGGUGGCGCACGGGAAGAAGGUCGUUGAGGAGGAGGUCCAGAAGAACACGUCGCUGCCGUAUCGGGCGCCGGAGAUGGUUGAUUUGAACUCCGGCCAUAGCAUCACAACCAAGGUGGACAUCUGGGCGGCCGGAGUGCUGCUGUACAAGCUCUGUUUCGGCACGAUGCCUUUCGGCGAAAGCUCCAAGGCGAUCCUACACUGUCAGUAUAACAUUCCGGAAAAGUGCAAGUAUUCCCCGGAGCUGUGUCAAUUAAUUCGGUUUCUGCUGGAGCCGGACCCGGAGAAGCGGCCCAACAUCUACCAGGUGUGCGAGGUGGCGUUCAAGAUCAGCGGCAAAGAUAACCCGUUGAGGAUUGCACGCGAGCGACAGAGAAGCCAGGUGGUCACCAGCAACAGCAACAACACCAACAAUCCCGCCUCGGCGGAACAACAGCACGAGCGCAAAUUCCAGACCGCCGUCAUCAGCGGCACCAGUGUGGCACCACGAUCGCGUCCAAAGCCACAGCUGACGGGGGCGAGUGUCCCGUUUACGCUGGGACCUCCCCCGUUGAACCCGUCGCCUAAGAAUGUCGUGUCGCCGGUUCCGGGAGCGAUGGCGGCCGAAGUAGAUCGAGCGUUCGUGGCCAACUUUAGCGAGAACUUUCCGAAGGCGGGUGCUGGUGGUUCCAGGAGUCCAGCUAUUGGUGGGAGUGACGUUCAGGAAGCGGGCUUUAGAUUCAUCCCGUCCGACUCGAAGCACCUGCUCGUGCCGGCGAUGGAAGCUACCCGUGACAAAUCCGCGACCGUUUCGCCCGCCUCCCUGCUGCUGUCCCCCUUCGAACCGCCCAGCGAACCACCCUCGUCCUCUUCGUCCUCGACGAGACCCCGACCCACGACGCUGCUCGCACCGGCCAAAGCGCCCCAUCGACACGUCCUGAGCAACUCCAACAGUGAGAAAUCGCUCGUUUCGCCCUGCUCCAGCUCGACCUGGAACCCGUUCGGCGAUCCGUCGCCGUUCAGCCCAAACUCGACGCUCACCGAGGAUCAGCUGUUUGGGGCGGAGUUUGACAAGCUGCGACUCGAGGGCGGCAGUCAGACGUCGAUCGUGACGUCGCCGGAGGAGAUGAAGUCCGAGCAGGCGGUUUCGUGGGAGCGGCAGAAGGAGCUGAAGCAGCGGUUUUCUCUGCCGGCGUUGAACCAGGUCGCGCUGGUGGAGGAGGAUCCGUUCGGGUCGGCGCCGUUCACGCUGCCGAAGCGGCUGAAGGACAAAACGGGUAGGUCGUCGAAGUUGACGUCGAAGCUGAGUGAGGUAAUUUCCAGUGCGACUUCGGGUGGAACCACGCUUUGGCGUCAUUCGACUGGGGGUGGGAAGGAGAGCUUGAUCGCGGCGGCGACACCGGGGGCGGCCAGUGUUGGCGGGGAGGGUGGGGUGGUUGGAAAUGGUGAAGUGGGGAUGAAGCUGGAAGAUUUGAUGAGUGGAGGGGACAAGGGGUCGCCGAACUUUAUCAAGUUGCCGCUGGAUGAUCGCAACAAGUACGAGAAGCUGAACUCCAACGACGUCACGUCGGAUGAUAGCGAUUCGGAGUUUUAUCCGGAUUCGGUUGGGGGUGGGUUGAAGAAGCAAAGCUUCAAGCAGUUUGUGGAAAACAAUAUUCCGGAGAAGCUGCAGGCCGUGUAUCACAAGGUGGACAAGGGUCAGAUCAAGAAUGUACAGAUUGUGAAGAAGCUGCGAGGAAAGGUGGUAAACAAGGAUGAGGUGAAGCGAAAGAAGGAGAAGCGCGUCAAGACGACGACCGCCGCCACGGUCGAGGAGCAGGACGAGCGGGAGUCGGACGAUUCGAUUGGGUCUGCGAGUGAUUUGCGUGCGAACGACGAUUUUAUGGAAGGAGACGAAGUGGACCACGGACAACGGGUGAUUCCGGGCAAGCCUGGAACGAGACGAUUCAACCGGGGAGCGUUUGGAGACGGGAGUGUGGACGAUUGUAUAAGCGAGAGUAUUAAAACUUGUGGAUCAAGUGCCUACCAUGCGGAGUGCGAGAGUGUGACCACCAACGAGGACAAUAGCAGUCGAAUCGUAACGAGGGUUCGGGUUAAGAAGCGAGAGCAUGACUCCAAGCACAGCGUCAUCGAUGAGGACGAUUCCGGCGAGGAGGACAUGCUGCACGGGGACAAACCUCUGCUGCUGGACGACGAACUUGACUACGAGUCUGCUCCGGAGAACAAUACCAGCGGUGAAGACGUCGUACUUAUGGAUCCGUUUACACCGGAAUCCCUACCGGAUGAGUCGGGAACGAAGCAGGUAGAAGAGGACGAAGUCGUUCUGGAUCCGUUUGCGAUGGCACCCUUCCGGAAGCCGACCGUUCCCAAACGAAACAGUAUUAUCAAGUACAUGCCGAACGUGGUGCCCAUUCCGGAGAACUGUCCCACGGUGUCUCUUCCGUCAAGUACCGACAACUUCUGCACAUCCACACCGGUCAAACCAACCCGUCGAUCUCUACCGGAGGCCACCGUCCUCCCACUAAAACCUCCAGUCGCCGAAAUAGUCCCUCUACCCAACCCGCGGACCGAUCUCUUCGGAUCCGAACCAUUCCCGGCGAUGGUCGUCCUGUCGGCCCCGCAACCCAUCGUCGAGCCAACCCCGAUCCCGACCGUCUCCGUUGAACCCGGCUCGGUUGCCUUAACGCACAUCAUUCCAUCGGCGAUCCCGAAGCCACAAAUCCUCCUCGAACCUCCAACCGCACCAGCGCCAGCUUCCGCUGCUCCUCCAGCGCUCAAGCAACCCCCGCUGAGUACACCCAUGACGGCCCGCCUUACCUACAUCAACUUUGGCCAGAUCCCUUCCCAAACGAGCACAAACAGCGCUAGCUCCGUGACCGCGACCAGCAUCUCACCGGACAACAAUUACGUCAACUUUGCACCGGACGGCGACGACGAUGACGCGCGGAAGCUCAAGUCCGACGAGUACGACAGCAGCGAACCCGUCGUGAAGAGUUCCUCGAAGGUUAGCGGCGGUACCGGAUUCCUCAAAAAGGACAAGCUCCGGUAUAACUCGCUCAAGGAGAAGCUCAGCAGUAGCGGAGCCAGCAAAGACGAUUCAGCCAGCGUAACGUCCAGCACGACCUCCACCGGGAACCACGUCCUCGUCAUCCCGUCAAAACUGAGCUCGAAAGUCAAGGUGAACGUGUCCGGCUACAAAAAGGUCUCCAGUAAGCUCGGUAAAAAGGACAAAUCGGUUGGGAACGGCGCCGCGGAAUCGGACCAGCACCGCCAAACGGCCAAGGUCAGCAAAAAGAUGGGCUUCAGCAACAUGAGCUUCGAGGACUUUCCGUCGGACGAUGCGCUCGAAGAGCAUCCGGCAGCGGCGGCCGCGGCAUCCGGUCCAAGGCAUGGUGGAUCGAGCGUGGGCGCAAAGCUGAUGAAGAUUGCCCCCUUCGAGGUGAUCCGGAACGAGAAGAUGCUGCUGGAGGCGGAGAAAAAGUUUGGAUCGCUGAAGCGGCGCAGCAAUCCGUUCUCAUGAUUGUACGCGGAAUCUCAGAAGCGUAAAAAGUGAGUUGCAAGGGGUUUGUAAUGCUUGUGCUAGGUUAGGAUGUCGAAAGUUUAGGUUGGAUCAAGUGGAAAUGAUUGCUUUGUGCUAGGUUUUAUUGAA